CCAUCAACUGAGAGAAAUAAAACCGAAAGUGUGUUCACUUUUGUAGUGUGGGUCAAAAUGCGACCCCUUGUCGCGAUAUUCCUUGUCCAGCUGUGCUUUGUAGCAGUCGGUGCCGCUAUUCCAAAUUGUCCUGAUUUGGAUGUACUUGAAAAUCAAUCUGAUCUCUCACAAGAUGACCUCAACAAUCUGAUCUUAUGCUUCUGCAAGCCCGACGACAAAGAAAAAGUUGUAAUUUCAUGUCUGUAUGGCUCGAACCUUGACCAUUUGAUGAAAGCUACAGAAGCAGUGAAAAAUGCCAGUUUAAUAACGUCUUCAAUCAGUAUUCAACACAUGGAGUUCCCAGACGGAGGACUUCCUGAAUUCGGAAAAUUGGCUCCUGACCUUAAAAGUCUCGAAAUUAAGGAGUGCUCUGGACAAGAUGAGCUUAAGGUUGGAGAUGAUAGUUUCAAGGGUCUAGAACAGACUCUUCGAAAUUUGACUAUUCAUGCGUGUAAUCUUCAGACAAUCCCACCAUCCGUAGAUUCGUUGGAAAACCUUGAAACAGUCGUCUUCUCGAACAAUAAAUUGGAUUCUCUCGGUGUUGAUCAGUUCAAAAACAAGAAGCAGCUUUCAUAUCUCGACGUCUCCGGAAACUUUAUCACAUCAAUUGAAGAAAAAGCGUUCGAACCGCUUACCUCGCUUGAAACCCUUGUAAUUGGUGAACAUAACUUUAUAAAUGAAACUGUUGUGGAAGAAAUUGGUCGAUUGAAAGCACUUAAGACUCUCGAUCUAUCACGUGCUGAUGGAAUCUUCCAACCACCUGAGACAUUGUUCAAAGAAAUUCCACAAAUUGAAGUACUCAAACUAUCCGGAUGCUCAAUUCCAACAUUAGAGCCAGGGCAGUUUGCCACACUCAAAAAAUUAAAAGAGCUUGAUCUCCGAGUCAACCUCAUUGAAAAUAUCACAGCUUAUGCUUUUGAUGGAUUGGAGAGUUUGACAAGACUUUCUUUGGCAGGAAACUUUAUUUCAAAAUUGGAGCCUGACGUUUUCUUUGGUCUUUCCAGCUUAGAAGAACUAGACUUGGGAUGGAACGAGAUCAAGACUAUUCCAACAGAUGUAUUCAAGCCACUGACUGAUAAACUGAAAACAAUAAGUCUUCGAAAUAAUCCGAUUUCCGAGCUCCCUUCGACAGGACUUGGAAUGCUCGAAAAAUUGUCAUUAGCUGAAUGCGGGUUCACUUCCAUUUCUGCAGAUCAAUUGAAAGAUUAUCCAAAACUUGAAGAAUUGGACUUAUCAAAAUGCAAUAUUUCAAACAUUGUUGAGAACACUUUUGAGAAUCAAAAGGAUUCACUCAAGAAAUUAAAUCUCCAGAAGAAUAAGCUUAAAUCCCUACCAAAUCUUAUUAAAAAUCUGCCAGCAAUUGAGUCACUGGAUGUUUCUUCGAAUCCAUAUCGAUGCGACGGAGAAUUGGUUAAUUUCGUCUUCGGAGUAGAAGAUCGUGUCAAAAAGGCCGAAGAAAAUGGAAAUUCAUUCUUUGUUGCAAACACAAAUGAAACCGUCUGUGAUCGUCCUUAUACCCUUCGUGGCGAACAAAUACUUCAAGUUGAGGUUGAGAAAUUUCAGCCAUACGAUGAAAAGAGUGAUACGACAACUGCUCCAUCGACAACUACAACUUCAACAGUUGAAGAGACUACCACAGAAUUGAAAAUUCCAGACCUUCUCGUGGGAAGCAGGACAAAUGAUACAUUAUUCAAAGAAGAGCCACGCAGAGAUGUAUACGAUCUUUCAAAAACAGAUGACGCAAAAGGUGUCUACAAUCAAAAGGGAACAUAUGCUGUUCCAAUCACAAUUGGAGCAAUCGGUUUGGUUACUGUAAUUGUCAUUGUUGCUGUCGUUUUAUUUAUCAAGAAAAAUAAGAAAGUUGGAACAGAAACCGCAAAAGGUGGAAAAUCAGAUAAAGUUGUAAAAAUGGAGGAUGGAAUGGUUGAAAUUGAAUUGGACUCUCAACCAGGAACACAACAUGCAACACCACGACGAUAAUAAGUAAAUUAUUAUUUUUUUAAUAAGAGGAAUUUUUUAUUCUCAACCACAAAAAUUUGCUCAAUCUCUUUUUUCUCCCUCAUAUUUAUUCUAAAUUUACAUUAUAAAUUGCCUCUGAAAACGGUUCUCUCUCUCUCCUUUUUUACCAGUUUAAAAUCACUUACUUGAUGAUUUUCACGUCCUCAUCCACCAAAUAGCAUGCCUAAAUUGUAUUUUGUGAAGCUAUGAAAAAAUUUAAUAAAAACUCACUCCUUGUACGGG